ACUCAACAGUACCGCCGCCGAUGUCUCCGACCGCAGGACUUCAGACCCAGCAGAACCCUGCAGAGCCUCAGAUGGGACAGAACCCUGCAGGUGUCCAGCAGCAGGAUGCUGCACACCACCACUACAUGGCGAGGACCCAUCGUCCAGUUCAAACUAUCUGACAUCGGAGAGGGGAUCAUGGAGGUGACGGUGAAGGAGUG